GUGAUGUGUGGGAUUAUAGCAGCAUUUUUACACUACUUGUUCCUGGCUGCGUUUGUUUGGAUGUUUCUGGAGGGAGUCCAGCUCUCUCUCAUGGUCAGAAAUAUCAGGAAUUUGAGGGUUCCCCAAACGGAAAAAACCGAAAAGUUCAUGUACCUACUUGGUUACGGGGUCCCUGCAAUAAUUGUGUUCAUUUCCGCUGCAGUGUAUCGCGAUGGCUAUGGCUCACCCAGGCACUGCUGGAUCUCCACAGACAGAGGAUUCAUCUGGAGUUUCCUGGGACCUGUGUGUCUGAUCAUUCUGAUCAACACAGCUCUGUACUUCACAAUACUCUUGACAUUGAAAAGAGAAAUUUCCAAGCAGGACACUCAAGUGUCUAAACUUCAGAAUACAAGGAUGCUGACAUUUAAAGCCAUUGCCCAGGUGUUUAUCCUGGGCUGCACUUGGAUUUUUGGUUUGUUCCAGUUUCAGGAAGAGCCCGGUGUAAUGACCUAUUUAUUCACCAUCAUUAACAGUUUCCAAGGCACAUUUAUCUUCAUCCUCCUCUGCAUAUUAAAUCCCAAGGUGAGAGCUGCUUAUUGUAAUUACUUCGCCAGGAUGUAUAAGGCAAUGGACACAGUGGCCUCAGAGGAGGAUAAAGCCAACACAAUGACGGUCUUAUCG